AUGAUCCCCCCCAAGGUCAUCCUUCUCGGCUUGGCCGCUGUUGCCAAUGCCGUUCCUUUCAUGACUGAGCGCGACCUCAACUCGACCGUCUGGACUCCCGAGCACGUUCUUAAGCAAGACGAAGUAAUCCUCUAUGGCAGUGGCCGCAUGGAAGUCGUUCAUGUUAGCGUCUACGAGAAGCUUCUUGAGUUUCAGGGCGUCAGCCCCGAGACUCCUGGGAUCGACCACGCCUUCCUGGAGGCCGGAGCCAAGGCUUUCAAAGAGGCCAGGGCUCUUGCCACCCGCGAUGUCGAAAAACGCGGUUGCGAUGGAACUGCCGCCUACGUAACUAACACCACUCAGCGUUUUGUCGACUGGGACGUGCAGAUGUCCCCCGUCGUCAUCGGCGCAGGCCGUAACAGUAUUGACGUGAGCGUCGCCCGCUCCUGGAGCACCUCUAACGGUAUCACCGUAAGCGCAGGCCCUGACUGGAAGGCUGUCAAGGAUCGCCUCGGUGCCAACUUUGGUAUCAACUACUCGCGCAGCUGGACGACUCAAGCCACCGUCAUGGUCCGCGGCACCGUUUACAGUGGGGAGACAGGUGUUGUUAUUACCAGACCCUGGACCAACCGUCGAUACGGACGUGUCUUCCAGGGCUGCGUUGGUUCUAUGUGA